AUGAGUGCAAAUGGAGUGCUCCGUAAAGAUCAACUCGAACGCAGUCUCCAUGACGAGAAGAGGCUGAUCGAGGAGGGAGUGCUCAAGGAAGACAAUCCUCUAGACUUCAGCGAGAAUUUCCAGAAACUAUGCGCCGCCUGCAGACGUGGAGACCUGAAAGUCUGCCAGGAAAUGAUACAGGAAGGGACGAACAUUAAUGCCAAAGAUCAAUAUGACUAUACCCCUCUCAUUCUAGCUAGCCUAUGUGGACAUUAUGAAGUCGUCCAACUGCUCUUAGAGUCCGGAGCGUUGUGUGAAAGAGACACGUUCCAAGGCGAGAGAUGUCUUUAUAAUGCCUUGAACGACCGGAUACGUAACUUGUUAUUAUCUUACGACUACUCAAAAUCUACAGACCCCCUGCAGCCUUUGGCGUCUCACUUGGUGUCGUUGCUGACUAGAGAGCAUCCUAAGACUUCAGACAUCACGGUUCUCACCGCCACUGAAUCGUUCCACCUACAUAAAUUCAUCCUUUCUGCGCGCUCGCCCUAUUUUGCGAGAAAACUCGCUGCUGCUCCAGAGACGACUUCCUGGAAACUGCCGCCUACCAUCCCUCCGCAGUCUUUUGCAAUCGCACUCAAACAUCUAUAUCUUGGGGAACUACCAAGAGAACCUGGAGGUGGACCAGGCACCGGCUUCACAGACUCCGACAUCCUUGCCGGUGUUGAUCGGAUAAGCAAGCACCUUGAGAUUCAGAGUCUGUCUCACCUGAUUUUCGAAAGUGACGACCGCCGUCUAGCAAGGCAGCGGCGACAGGACGAAGUUGAGAAGGGUCGCAAUCAAUUGGAGCUCUGGUUCCGGGAGAAUGUCGUCAAAUACGCCGUGGAGACGGAUUCUUCUAGGGCAGACGACAUCAAAUGGGAUCGAGACAAUGGCAUUUUUGCGGAUGUUCUUCUCCGCGCCGACGCCGACGAAGAUGACCGCAUAGACGAGGGUGGAGAUGCCACUGGAAGUGUGCAACGCCAACGAGACUCCUCGCAGGAGACCAUGUUGCGGUCUCGUACUAAUGCCCUCGGAAUCCCACUGGAACGGCCUUCACCUUCACCCUCGCCGUCUCACACGUCCCGGUCGCGUUCGCCAUCUCGGUCGCGGAAACCGCGCAGGACCAAGAUCUACCCGUGCCACAAAGCCAUGCUCAUCCGCUCCGAGUUCUUUAUGACUAUGUUUGAAUCCUCCUUCCGCGAAGCCCAGGAGACGCCUCACCUCCAAAUCGUACCGAUCGACUGCUCGCCCGAGGUUCUCGAAAUCAUCCUGACGUUCCUGUACACGGAGAAGACAGACUUCGGGCUCGACAUCGCGGUCGACGUCCUCUUUGCCGCGGAUAUGUUGUUCCUGGAAAAGCUCAAGGCCAAGGCAGGCGUGGUUAUCUCUACGCUCGGUAAUGGCACGGCGACCGCCAUGCCGUCGGAAGCCGAGCCUGCCCGCGAGGAUGUUGACAUGGACGUCUACGAGAUUCUUCGCGCCGCGUGGCUGACCAGGGUGCAACGCCUCGAAGAGUUCGCGGCCCGCUACAUGGCCUACCGCCUCGAAUCAUACAUUGACGACCCGGAAUUCGCCGAACUGGUCAACGAGUCGGCUAACCGUAUCAACGCGCGCCAGGAGACCGACACGAUCGAGCUACUCGAUGACAUCCGCUAUUACCUGUCCGAACGCUUCAGGCUGCGCUUCGAGGACUCUGGUCUUGAGGAUGUUAUGGACGAGGAGCUAGCUGUCGCACAGGAACAGGAACAGGAACAGGCACCCACCCUCUCUGCCGAACAUGCACGAGGGGAAGGAAUGGUGAGCGUUGCGGAACCUGACAUCGCCAGCACUUGGAAGUCCAGCGACCAUCGCGACGGCGAGCAGGAGCUCCAGGCCCAGGUGGUGGAGGACGAGGGUGUUGACUUGACGAUGCCCGAACCCGCCGCCAUUCCAACCGACGCGCUUCUGCAAUCCGGUGCCGUGCGGACGUUGGAUGGAGAACUCGCAGGCGAUGAGUUUGCUGCAGAUGCCGUGAAUUACCAGAUUCUACUCGGCAAGAUCGACGCUCUCCUCGAAAGGCUGAAGCUCGACGCCUAA